CUUCCUAUAAAAGCCCUUGAAUUCCAGUUCUAUCAGAAGAGAAGAAAUAGAAAGGUAAUGGAAGGGCCUGCUCUGGAAAUCCAUGGAUUCGAAGAACUUCCUUCUUCUUCUGAAGAUUUUUCUUCCAACAUCGAAUCCAGAAACGUCCCUGCGGUCUUCCAUGGAUGCCUAAAGGGCUGGAAAGCUUUUUCCAAGUGGAAUCCUUCCAAUGGAGGUCUCGACUAUUUACAGGAAAGAGUAGGUUCCUCUAUUGUGGAGGCUAUGCUGUCCAGAUCUGCCCCCGUCUUCUAUGGGGAUCUUAGAAGCCAUGAGAGGGUUCCCUUUCCAUUCUCUACCUUCAUCAGUUCUUGCAAACGGCGUCUUCGAAGUACUGUUGAUACUCAUAGUGUUUGCACUGAACCAGAAGGGUGUGGGACUGUUGUGGCCAAUUCAGAUGAAGCCUGUUUGAUUUCCAAGGAUGCUCAUCAAGUUUAUUUAGCACAGGUUCCCAUCUCAAAUAUCAAGAACAAAGAGAGGUCUUCAUUGGAAAUCCUACAGGACGACAUUAUAAUGCCUGCAUUUUUGGAGAGAUCGCCAUUAGCAUCUAUUAAUUUAUGGAUGAACAAUGCUCGAUCUAGGUCUAGUACUCAUUAUGAUCCCCAUCAUAAUCUUCUCUGUGUCGUUGCUGGAUGCAAACAAGUUGUGUUAUGGCCUCCCUCUGCAAGUUCUUUUCUCUAUCCGAUGCCUAUAUACGGAGAAGCUUCCAACCAUAGCUCUGUUGACAUAGAAAGUCCUGAUUUUUCAAUGCACUCAAGAGCUAAAAACUCCAUGAAUCAUUCACAAAAAGUCAUUCUGCAAGCUGGCGAUGCGCUAUAUAUACCUGAAGGAUGGUUCCAUCAAGUGGAUAGUGAUGAUUUGACCAUUGCAGUAAACAUUUGGUGGCAGUCUAAUAUGAUGGCAAAUAUGUCAGAACACAUGGAUGCAUAUUAUUUACGCAGAAUAAUAAGAAGAUUGGUAGAUAAGGAAAUGAAUCAAAUGCUUCAACGGAGCUCUGUUCAUACCGGGAAGACUCGACAGGAAGUAUAUGGGAAAUCAAGUAAUGAAGAAGCAGGCCAUCGUGACCGCGAUUCUGAUGAUCAUACCUAUGGCAAGGAUUUAAAGGGGAAUAGCCAAAAGCAUGGGACAAUAUUGCAACAACUGGAACCAGUUGGGCUUCAGGCUUUUCAUGAACUCGUUUCCUUAGUUCAUGAUUCUAUUAAUGUUGCUGGUCAGAGUCAAGAAGGGCAUUCUACUUCUGUGAAAGGUUCAACUGUUCACCUGAAAGAGGAGAACAUACAGGUUAUGACAGCUUCAUUCUGUUUAGAAGAUGAUCCAGUUGCCAACAUCCUCUGGACUCUUAAACCCCUUGUGCUUCAACACGUCUUGUCAUCCAUGGUGCAUAACUUCCCAAGAACAUUGGAGGCUCUUAUCUUGCAUAUGCUUACACCAGUGGGGGCAGAAGUUCUCACACAGAAGUUUGAUGAGAUGGAUCAACAAACAACAAAAGAAGAGCAGAAUGGAUUCUACCGGCUGUUCUACAGUGUAUUCGAUGAUCAGUUUGCGGCAAUGGAUGCAAUUUUGAAUGGCAAAGAGUUGUUUGCGUUCCAGAUAUAAUUUCCAGCAACUAGUUGCGUAGGGUCACCGUGGAGUGUAUCAUCCAACCUGUCGAGCAAGGUUGCCCCAUCACACGUAUUAAGUUGGCUCACAUGUAAGAUCCAAGAUGUUGGCAGUAGAUCCCCACGGGCACUCCCAACUCCUAACCCAAUCCACCCCAUGGCCCCCUGGAUCGGUUGCUGCGAAUUUCAAAAGCUUCUCUAUCAAUCAUUUGUGCAAAAAUCUUCCAAUAGAUGGCAAGGAUCAUCUGACUGAUUUUCAGUGUGCGGUAGUGGAUCCACAGUCGGGCACAGAAGAUGAACAGUUCAGAUCUUGCAAGUGUACGCUAUAUUAAGGGUGAUUCGACCCAAUUGGAGUCAACUCGUGCGAGUGAUUAGUUGUGUGGGGCCACAUUAUGUUUAGGGAAUUUUAUUUAUUAAAGAAAAAAAAAAGGUGUAUUUACAUUCCAUACCUUUUUCAAAAAGGUUUUUAAAAAGUUACCUUGU